AUGAAUCAUCCAAACAACGACUACAAUUUCUUCCGGUUCCCGCCAAACACACAACAAGACGAUUCUCGACUAGCUGCACUUGAGAAAAGAGCCGACAGUCUCACCACCACCUACUAUGUUCAAGUGAUAAAGAUCCACGAUUUGACCGAAGAGAAUCACAAACUGAAAACAUACAUCCAUUCUCUACGAGCUCAUUGCGAGACAACGCAGUCUCAAAAAACGGAAUUGGAGAAAAAGGUGGAAGAUUGUGAGUCCAAGUGCACGAUUCUUGAAUGUGAGGCUCGGGGGAAAGAUGACGAGAUUCAGAAGCUCAGGGAUGAAGUGAAGAAGUUGCAAGAAGAGAAUGCAGCAGCAUGUCUCGAUUCUCAAUCCAAAUCAUUUUUCCACGCCGGUGCUCACCCUGGUCAUGAGCCCGUACUAAUGAUGGAAGCUGAACAACUUCAGAUCCAUCUUCUUUCAACAAGCCCAGACAUCCCACCUUUCAACUUCACUCCGUCUCCUCCAAAUCUCACUCCACUUGUCAUAGAAGACACGAUUCAACAUUCGGAUAUCGAAUCCUUUGUUCCAGAAGCCAUUCGAGAAGAAAUCGUUGAACAAGAUGAGAAUAUUGACGAUCAAAUGAAGGAAUUCAGAGAUGCGAUCAAGUUUUGUCGCGAAAAUUUCUAUUCAGAGGAGCUUAUGGAUUAUGAUCUCAGCUCGUACCUGUUCAAUCCCGAUGGAAAGAAGAUGAUUCCUCAACUCGUUUUGGAUCUCGAAACAGGAACACACUCGGAUUUCUACAAAACGGUGAAUAAAGAUGUGAUGAAUUGCUCUAAAUGGGAAGAUCUCAGUUCAACGGUACAAAGAAAUUGGAGGAACAAGUUGAAAAAGACGAAGGAGAUGCAGAAGAAACAGGAGAAGGCUGGGAUGAUCAAAGUGCAAAAACAACAGCAAAUCAAGACACGGACGUUGAGAAGAAGGAAGAAUUAG